AUGGCCUCCAAUGGCGCCGCGAAGGUCUUAUCCUUAGACGGAAAAUUGCAGAGCUAUAGGAAGCCAGUGCAGGCCGCGGAACUAAUGAUCGAGCAUUCCGGAAAAUUCCUCUGCGAUUCCGCUGAUCUCAGCGUCGGCCACCGGAUUCAAGGCCUUUUGCCAGACGAAGAUCUCGAGUGCCGGCGAUUAUACUUUCUACUUCCGAUGGAUCUCCUCUACUCCGUGCUAACGCUCGAAGAAAUGAGAUCUCUGACGUACACCGCCACAAAGGCUCUGAAACAUGGAAAUUCGAGUGGAUUUGGAAGGAUCUUCCCUGUUUUGAUCACUGAUCUCUGUAUUUCUCUGUCGGAUGUGAAUCGAUUGAAAUCGGCGGACGGCGAUCGAGAGAAUCGAAGUUCGAAACCUGUGCAGAGAUUGAUGUCGAAACAGAGAUCGUGGAAGCCCGCGCUCGAAACCAUCGCUGAAACUUCGUGCGCGUAG